AUGGAUGGUGACGAGGAGGAGCAGGAUUUUGAGGAGGCCGGUGCCGCAGAUGAGGCCGGCGAUGCUCUUCGAUCUGCAGCGCAAAUAGUCGUCGAUGCGGCAGACGAUCUACACGUAGCUGUAAGCGAUUCGCACGAGCGUUCUGCGCUUGACACUGAGAGCGAUGCACCGGGCGAGGCGGAGGAUGCAGAGGUGGAAGCUAUAUCUCACAAGGAGCAGCGCAAGAGGCGGAAGCUGGAAAAGGCGGCCGCCAAGGCUGGUACUGGAGGGAGUGCAGACUCUGUUCCGGUGGCAACAGAGCCAAAAGUGCCAGCACGAAGCGGCUUUAGUCUCUGGAUUGGCAACCUCAGCUUUCGAACGUCCGAAGCUCGGCUGAAAGAGUGGCUGGAGGAAGGUGGCAUCACUGGCAUUUCGCGCAUACACAUGCCUUCUGGACAAAAGAAGAUGGAACACAACAAAGGCUAUGCUUAUGCCGAUGUACCGGACGCCGACAUUGUGCAAGCGGGAAUCGCUCUUUCGGAAGGGCAUCUUGACGGUCGGCGAUUGCUCAUCAAGUCUGGCUCCGACUAUACCGGCAGACCUGCAUUGAAUCCUUCUGCAGUAGCACUCGCAACCACCCAGCCCGAAGGAGACGCUGGAGAUGGUAAUGUGAAAGCAACAAGCGGUAGCCGUGGAAGGACUGGUUUGACAAAGACUGCGCAAAAGAUUCUCAGAGCGCAGAGGAAUGCGCCUUGCGAGACUCUGUUCGUGGGCAAUCUGUCGUUUGCCACCACGGAGACGAGCUUACGGGAGCUUGUGGAGGGAGCAGCCCAGGCUCGGCAGGAGCGCGCCCCAAAGGAGUCGCUGGCGGGCGACGCAAGUGAUGACGCAAAGGCAAAAGCGGACCAUGACGACGCCUCGAAUGAGUCACGAGCUGACGCAGAAGGUGUCCAUACCAAGGAGGACACUCGAAAAAGAAAGAGAGAGCAACCUGCGCGCCCCAAUGAAGUCAGAGGAGCAGGCAUACGCAAGAUCCGUAUGGGAGAGUUUGAGGGCACAAACAAGUGCAAAGGCUUCGCUUUCGUCGACUUUCACACGGUCGCUCACGCCACAGCGACGCUCAUCAGUCCUCGCAUGCGCUACCUUGAUGGUCGGGAAAUCAAGCUAGAGUACGGCAGUGCGGACGCAGUGAGACGAGGCGCAGUCAAGAACCGCAAUGCUGCCGGUGCUCACGAAGCGGGACACAGACCGCACGCAAGGGCACCGCACGGCUUCAGUCGUCGCAAGCCUCAGAGGGACGCUGAAAAUCUCUACGAUGGUGGUGCAGAACCUGCAACUGCUGGGCCUGCCCCCCUUCCCGGCUCUUUUGAUCCCGAACAGCCACUUGCAAGGGCGCACAAGCCGACAAAGGAAGAGAGAGAAGCGAGGAGAGCUGCUCAGGGUCAUUCGAAACGGCGUCAGGCGCCAGGCGCGGCUCUUGCCAGCGCGCAAAGAGAAAAGAUCGGCAUCGCUGCCGAUGCCGUACCUCAGGGCAAAAAGAUUGUAUUUUAG